AUUGCGUUCUUUCCUGGGCAGUCGGUCCCGUUGAUAACGCCUGCGAGACGCUUCAUUCCCGCUGUAUGAAGCCCCUAGAGUGAGCGAACGGGACGAUGGUAGUGCGCUCGGCUUCUUCGUCGGACAUUUCCGCGAGCCACUUGAUUCCCAAGCCGUAAAGUAUAUCGGCAACGAUUACAGAAUUUCCCUGCUCACAGGCUAUCAUCAGAAGAGUGCGUCCCUGAUUGUCAGCAAGUGUCAUGUCUGCACCGUGCUCAACGAGAACCUGGAACAUCUCUUCCUGCUCCAGACCGCACUUGAUGUUCCGCCUUCUCUCUCUGGUCACAAACUUACACACCGCAUGCCUCGAGCACCACAAUAUUGGCCGUCAUCCGCGUCAUCUUGUGCAUCCCUUUGACUGCGUGAGAUCAUGUCCUCCUCUGACUUACUUGAGCAAAGGAGUUGGAGUGGCGUCUGUCCUUUCCCGUCUUUCACGUUCGCGUCGGCUUUGUGUUCGAGGAGCAAGUAGACAAGCCCGAUUACCCGUCUCAACAGCGCGAUGCAACGGCACUCUUUUGUCGUUCCCCGACGGAUUGACAUCCAAAACUCGGCUCGCUAGGAGCUUCCUCAUAUUGCCACGAUGCUCCCAGCCCAUGAGCUGCACAUAUCCGAUACAGUAGUGUAUCAGAACCAAUGGCCACUGAAACAGGACUGCGCCUGACCGCAUUUUUCAGGCUUGCCUUGGUCUAUAGGCGCUUAGCUGAAACCAUUCGUCGAGCAAAAGGUCAUGGCUUCACCUUCGU